UUCCAUGUAAAGCCUUAUCUGAUCAUGGAUCCGCAGUGUUUAGGAGCAGCAGCGGUGUAUUGUACCGAUGUGAAGUGAAUUCAGCAGAUGGCAGUAUCUGUCAGACCCGCGUGAGCGCCUCAACAAUGACACUUGCAACAUUGUAACACUGAAACAUUCGAACGCUGUUUUGUGAGCGCAGAUACAAUGUAUCGAAGCCGACAGAUGCUGCCGAGACGAAACAGAAACACCGACGAGAACUGAACCUGCGAUGGCUCUUGGUUUCUCUCUAACGUCUCUUGGGGAGCUCCAAUCGCUCGACACUCGAACCGACAGCUAAUACAGCCAGGCACAGGCGGCUGCGUGCGUUACACGGGGCUCAUGGCGGAGUUUGUCGCCGAGAACUGCGGGGUCUCAUCGCCGAGCGGCGGCGGGAAAUCCGCCCAGCCCGGCGAAGAGGCGGACGGCGGAGCUGUAAGCGAGGUGUCGGUCUCGAACGGGGACUGUGGGCUGUGUGCACCCGAGAACCAGGGGCUCGAGACGGCCAACGCGGCUGCGGUGCUGGACGGCAAACCUGGAAUACCACGGAAGACCAGUAUUAUUAAGGAUGGUUCCAGGCGGUGCAAGGAACGGAAAAAGACGGUGUCUUUCAGUAGCAUGCCAACAGAAAAAAAGAUCAGCAGUGCAAGCGACUGCAUUAAUUCUAUGGUGGACGGGUCUGAACUGAGGAAGGUGCGCUCCAACUCUAGAGUCUACCAGCGUUACUUCCUCCUAGACGCCGACAUGCAGUCUAUGCGGUGGGAGCCGUCCAAAAAAGAGUCUGACAAGGCCAAGAUUGACGUAAAAUCAAUUAAAGAGGUGCGAACCGGUAAGAACACAGACACCUUCAGGACCAAUGGAAUUUCAGAUCAGAUUUCUGAGGACUGUGCAUUCUCCAUCAUCUAUGGGGAGAACUACGAAUCGCUUGAUUUAGUGGCAAAUUCAGCCGAUGUAGCAAAUAUAUGGGUAACGGGACUCAGGUACUUAAUAUCGUACGGAAAACACACUCUCAAUAUGAUUCAGAGCUGUCAGGAUAACAUGCGAGCGUCCUGGCUGGGUGACCUAUUCGAUGAAGCGGACAUCAUCGGCGGAAAAUGCAUUAGUCUUUGUUCGGCCGUACAGCUGAUCAAAAAGUUAAGUCCUGGAGUGAAAAAUGUCAAGAUAGAGCUCAAGUUCAAAGAGUUGCACAAAGCGAAAGACAAAACAGGUUCUGACGUGACCAAGGAGGAGUUCAUCGAAGUCUUUCACGACCUUUGCACAAGACCAGAGAUCUAUUUUUUGUUGGUGCAGUUCUCAAGCAACAAGGAAUUUCUCGACACCAAGGAUUUGAUGAUCUUUUUGGAGGCAGAGCAAGGCAUGGCGAAGGUGAGCGAAGACAUCAGUGUGGAAGUAAUUCAGAAAUAUGAACCCUCAAAGGAAGGGCAACUCAAGGGAUGGCUCUCCCUGGAUGGAUUUACCAAUUACCUCAUGUCAGCGGACUGCCACAUCUUUGAUCCUGAACAAAAAACAGUAUGCCAAGACAUGAACCAACCUCUUUCUCACUAUUUCAUAAACUCUUCUCACAAUACGUACCUGAUUGAGGACCAGUUCAAGGGUCCCUCAGACAUUACUGGCUACAUCCGUGCCCUAAAGAUGGGUUGCAGGAGUGUGGAACUUGAUGUGUGGGACGGGCCUGAUAAUGAACCACUCAUUUACACGGGCCAUACAAUGACCUCACAGAUUGUCUUUCGCAGCGUCAUCGACAUCAUUAACAAGUAUGCUUUCGUGGCCUCUGAAUUUCCACUGAUCCUGUGCUUGGAGAACCACUGUUCCUUGAAGCAACAGAAGGUAAUGUUUCAGCACCUUAAGAAAAUACUUGGAGACAAAAUUCACUCGGAUCCUCCUAACCUCGACGACAACUACCUUCCGUCCCCCUCGGACUUAAAGGGAAAGAUUCUUCUGAAAGGAAAGAAGCUGGCGAGCAACUGCGCCGGCUCCGAAGGCGAGGUGACGGACGAGGAUGAGGGUGCAGAAAUGUCUCAGCGGAUGAACAACGAGGGUGGUGAACAGCAGACGGUUGUUCAACCCAAAAAGUUCCAGCUCUCCAAGGAUCUAUCCGACAUGGUAACCUUAUGCAAGUCUGUUAGUUUUAAGGAUUUUCAGACUGCUUUCCAGAACCAGAAGCACUGGGAGCUCUGCUCUUUCAAUGAGGUCUUUGCCAGUCGUUGUGCUACUGACCACCCUGGUGACUUUGUUAACUACAACAAGAAGUUCCUAGCGAGGGUUUACCCAAGCCCAAUGCGGAUCGAUUCCAGCAACAUGAACCCGCAGGACUUUUGGAAAUGCGGCUGCCAAAUAGUAGCGAUGAACUAUCAAACACCAGGUCUCAUGAUGGACCUCAACAUUGGCUGGUUUAGACAAAAUGGCAACUGUGGUUAUGUUCUACGCCCAGCCAUCAUGAGGGAGCAGGUGUCUUAUUUCAGCGCCAAUACUAAAGACUCAGUUCCGGGAGUGUCUCCGCAGCUUCUUCACAUAAAGAUCAUUAGCGGACAAAAUUUCCCCAAACCCAAGGGCUCAGGCGCCAAAGGCGACGUGGUUGAUCCUUACGUUUACGUCGAAAUUCAUGGUAUCCCUGCGGAUUGCGCAGAGCAAAGGACUAAAACGAUCCAUCAGAAUGGCGACAACCCCAUCUUUGAUGAGAGCUUCGAGUUUCAGAUUAACCUUCCAGAACUGGCAAUGGUGCGCUUUGUUGUUCUGGAUGACGACUACAUUGGGGAUGAAUUUAUCGGUCAGUACACGAUUCCAUUUGAAUGCAUUCAGCCAGGCUUCCGCCACAUUCCCCUCCAGUCGCUGACAGGUGAAGUACUUCCACACGCCUGGAUCUUCGUCCAUGUGGCCAUUACCAACCGGCGUGGUGGGGGUAAGCCUCACAAAAGAGGGCUUUCGGUCCGCAAGAGUAAGCGGGGUCGGGAAUACGCCACUAUGAGGAUACUUCUGAUCAAGGCUGUAGAUGAAGUCUUUAAAUCUGCUGCACAGCCACUACGGGAGGCCACUGAUCUCAGAGAGAACAUGCAGAACGCCAUUGUGCCGUUUAAAGAGCUUUGCGGUCUGUCAGCGGUGGCAAACCUGAAGCAGUGUAUACUAGCGCUCUCGCCACGCCUCAUCGGGCCGGACAGCAGCCCGGUUUUGCUGUUUAACCUCAGAGAUCAGUACCCCAUCAUGGAGGCCCAGGGCCUGCUGCCUGAAGUCCUGAAGAAAGUGGUCACCGCUUAUGAGAUGAUGAUCCAGACCAGCCGAACGCUGCUGGAGAACUCUGACAGCGUGUACGAGCGAAUACUGCAAGUCCAGAAAGCAGCGAUGGAGUUUCAUGAGAAUCUACACGACAUGGCGAUGAAAGAAGGACUGAAGGGAAGAAAACUCCACAAAUCCGUAGAAAGCUUCACCUGGAACAUCACAAUUCUGAAGGGUCAGGCGGAUCUGUUGAAACACGCCCGGGCCGAAGUGCUUGAAAACCUGAAGCAGAUCCACUACGCCGCCCUCGCCUGUAACCUGGUCAAGGGAGGAGCGAGACUUUCGUCGGGGUCGGAGUCCAAGGGCCGCCCCAACCUGGAGGCCAUCCCGGAGAAGGCAGUCGGGGAGGACGACAUCACAGACGAGGAGAACUGAGGGUGCCGAAGCGUCCCGCCAAAUCCCAUAAAUCCUCUCCCUGGGUCAGCGUGUACCGAACACAUUUCAAAAGACCUCUGCACGUUUUACCCUGAGCGGAAAGCGUCUUCAUGAGCGGAGCCAAAGCCUCGUCUACCGUCUCCGUCCUCAACGCCGCCGGUCUCUGGGGUCAGGUGGGUGUCGAUGAGGCCGAGCUUCGCUCAAAGGCCUUUCUACAAGCACAAACUUUACGAGGAAUUAGAACUGGAGCCAUGAAUGUAACGAGACGUCGUGUGUGGAAAGAAGAGAGCUGUUUACAAUAAAGAACUACUUCGCGUUCUGUCUGCCAAAAUAGUAUGUGUGUAUAUAAAUAUAUAUAUAUAUAUAUAUAUGGAGAUCUGUUACCUUUUUUGCUAUGUGAACUUUUAAUGGAUCAGAUUAUUUUGUUAAGAGAAAUUGAUGUUUUAAAGAGCUCAUAUUUUAUUUGCUUGUACAGAACAGGAUCUUAUGAGACGGGCCCGGCCCUUUAUGGGCUUAUUUUUAAAUUAUUUGUAUAAAUGCAGGAGGGAUUUGAGGAUGUAUCUAGUUUUAGAUAUUACCAGCAGCUACUGUACAAGUGAAUAGGUGAGUCUCUCGGCCGAUCGUUGCGUCUCUUUGGCCACGUACACACUGCAGUUUUAAUGCGUCCACAUUUAGUCAUUUAGCAGAUGCUUUUAUCAAAGCAACUUCGAUUGCCAUUCAGCGAGUGUAAAACAGAAACAUGACUCCAUUGUCCACAACAAUAUUGAAAAUUGUUCCAAAGUAAAUCUUACACCAAUUUUUUUCUGUUUAUUCUGUGUGUUCGUGCGUGGCCUUUGAGAGCGGACUGAAUAUUGUACAUCAAGUGUUGCGAUUAAAGCUUCUCAAGCAUUCCUGGAAACAAAGUAGUCCAUGUGUGUAUGGAUACUGUUCAGAUAUGAUUCUGCCUUGUUGCUGAAGUUCUGUCUUACAUUGCCUUUUUUUAACCCAACAAGUUGCUUCUAGUUUGUGAGUGUUUGUCUCCAGCUCAUUCCAAUCUACCGCCGAAACACUUCCAUUGGAUUUUACACAGUGUGACCAGAUUAAAAAAGACAAAUUUGUUUAUACAUUUCAGUGCUGUUAUUGUGUAUUUAUAAUUAUAGUUAACCGUUUAAGGAGUGGGUGAUAGUUUCAAAGACAAUAUCAGUUUUGUUUAACUCUGUUAAGACCCAGUGCUCUGAAAUAAACCACGAUGAUUACAUGCUUUAA